GGAGAGGAGAAAAGGAGAGCCAGCGAGUAAAGAGAGAGGGGGCAAGUUAGAGAGAAGCCUCUAAUUUUUCUCUUUUUGUUUGUUUGUUUGCUUUGCCAUGCAUGCAUAAUGAGGUCUGGUGAGAGCACGCUGCUGCUGGUCGGAGGGCAGUUUUGUAUUUAAAGCCCGGCUUGGAGGCAAAGAAGACAGACACGGAGAGAGAAAGGAGACUCUCGGACUGCAGGAGCAGAGGGAAGAAAAGGAAGUCCCUCUCGGAGCUCGGCUGCUUUUCCUUCCUCUCCCGAAAGAGAGGGAGAGAAAGGAGGCUUUGAAGAGGGAGGGAGGGAGGCAAGAAAGAAAGAAAGAAAGAAAGAAAGGGGACUCUCUCGGCCUCUGCCUUUGCCUGGACGCUUGGGAGCUUCAGACGAGAGAGAAGGAGACUCUGCCUUUCCCUGAACUCCAAAGGCUGGAAAGGAGCUUGAGAAAGAAGAAAGGGGACUCUUUGCAUUUCCCUGAACUCGGGAAUUUCAGGCAAGCGAUAAGGGGACUCUGCCUCUCCCAGAAUUUUUCAAAGGCAGGAAAGGAGCUUGAGAAAGAAGAAAGAGGACUCUCUCUGCCUUUUCCUGAACUCAGGCGCUUCAGACGAGAGGGAAAGCGACUCUCUGCAAUUCCCUGAAUUCUCCGAAAGCUGGAAAGGAGCUUCAGAAGGAGGAAAGGGGACUCUGCCAUUCCCUGAACUUAAGAGUUUCAAAGGAGAGAGAAGGAAACUCUUUGCCUUUCCCUGAACUCAGGAGAUUCAGACGAGACAGAAGAGGACUCUCUGCCAUUCCCUGAACUUAAAAGUUUCAAAGGAGAGAGAAGGGGACUCUUUGCCUUUCCCUGAACUUUCCGAAGGCUGGAACUUGAGAAGGAAGAAAGGGGGCUCUGCUUUUCCCUGAACUCUCUCAAAGCGGAAAAAAGCUGCAGGAGCCUUUCUGGCGGGAUGCUGCUGCUGCUCCUUUGGGAAGAAGGCGAAGGAAGGCAGCAAGCGGCAGCAUGAGCCCAGCGGGGAGCGCUUCUUCUCCGCCUGGCUUCCUCUGAGGGGAGAAAGGAGCCGAGAGAAGGAAGGACCCAUGCGGCUUCCUGCUCUUCCUUUCCCGCAGCAGAAUGGGGCUGCCCUUGUUCCCGCUCCUGCUGCUCCUGCUGGGCUCUUUGGCCUCCUCCUCGCAGGGCCGGCGCCUGAUCUGCUGGCAGGCCAUGCUCCAGUGCCAGGAGGAGCCGGACUGCAGCUACGCCUUCAGCCAGUACGCCGAGGCCUGCGCGCCCGUCCUCAUGGCCGCAACAGGAGGCGGGAUGGGGGAAGCCGCUCCCUCCAAUAACAACAACAACAACAAUCACCGGCGGCGCUGCCCGAGCCACUGCAUCUCGGCGCUGAUCCAGCUCAACCACACGCGGCGCGGGCCCGCCUUGGAGGACUGCGACUGCGACCAGGACGAGAACUGUCGCGCCACCAAGCGCGCCAUUGAGCCCUGCCUGCCCCGGAUGGGCGGGCACGGCAACGGCAACGGCGGCGGGAGCGACAGCGGGGGAGCCAUCGGCUGCACGGAGGCCCGCCGGCGCUGCGACUGGGACGGGCGCUGCAGCCUGGCGCUGGGCCGCUACAUGGCGCACUGCGGGAAGCUCUUCAACGGGCUGCGCUGCACCGAGGAGUGCCGCGCCGUCAUCCAGGACAUGCUGGCCGUGCCCAAGGCGCUGCUGCUCAACGACUGCGUCUGCGACGGCCUCGAGAGGCCCAUCUGCGAGUCCGUCAAGGAGAACAUGGCCCGGCUCUGCUUCGGCGGCGGGCAUGGCAGCAGCGGCGCCUCCUCCGACGGCGGGGCCGGCGCCUUCGACGAUGACUACUACGACGAGUACGAGGACGACCCCGCCGUCCCACCGCCACCACCCCGGAGCGAGGACGGAGAGGGCGCGCUGCUCCCGCAGCCCGGGAGGCACGACGACAGCGCCACCAGCGGAGGAAGAGGCCUCCCUUCGGGGCUGUCCUGGACGCUGCUCGCCCUCCUGCCCUGCCUGCUACUCUCCUCCUAGUCGCUUCAGGAAGGACCCGGGGUUCCACUAUAUGCCCUCAUGGAGGCCUUCCCACACAACUCCACAUCCCUCUCUCCUUGGCAUGGGCAAACUUGGCCUAUCUUUGUGUUUUGGACUUUAACUCCCACCAUUCCUAACAGCCUCAGGCCCCUUCCUUUUCCCCCUCAGCCGCUUAAGCGGCUGAGGGGGAAAAGGAAAGGGCCUGAGGCUGUUAGGAAUAGUGGGAGUUGAAAUCCAAAACACCCGGAGGGCCUAAGUUGUCCCAUGCCUGCUCCCUCUCCCUGCUUAAAAGCCCCACUUUGGGACCCGGAUGCUGAUGGGCAAACCACACUGACUGACUGGCUUUCUUCUGUGGCCUGCUUUUGUUGUGGGAGCUUCUUGCUCAGCUUGAACUUUUGUCAAGUGUUCAGUGUAGGCUGUUGGGACCUUCCACACAGCCAUAUAGCCCAGAAUAUCAAGGCAGAAUAACCCACAAUAUCUGCUUUGAACUGGAAUAUAUGGCAGUGUGGACUCGGAUAACCCAUUUUGAAGCAGAUAUUGUGGGAUUUUCUGCCUUGAUAUUCUGGGUUAUACGGCUGUGUGGGAUUUGGGUUGCUGUGAGUUUUCUGGGCUGUAUGGCCAUGUUCCAGAAGCAUGACGUUUCGCCCACAUCUAUGGCAGGCAUCCUCAGAGGUUGUGAGGUAUGUUGGAAACUAAAGUGGGGUUUAUAUAUCUGUGGAAGGUCCAGGGUGGGAGAAAGAAUUCUUGUCUGUUUGAGGCAACUGUGAAUAUUGCAAUUAAUCACCUUGAUUAGCAUUGAAUAGUCUUGCAGCUUCAAGGUCUGGUUGCUUCCUGUCAGGGGGAAUUCUUUGUAGGAAGAUGUUAUUUACUGUCCACCAUUUUCAGUAAAUGGCAGACAGUAAAUAAAGAACAUUCAGAAAACAGACCUGACUCAAUCAGGUCCAGCUAACACCUCCCAACAAAGGAUUCCCCCAGGCAGGAAGCAGCCAGACUUUGAAGCUGAAAGGGUAUUUUAUGCUAAUCAAGUUGUCCAGUUGAAACAUCCACACCUGCCUCAAACAGACAAGAGUUCUUUCACCCUGAACAUUCCACAAAUAUAUUAACCCCACUUGCCCAGUUUCUGACAGACCUCACAACCUCUGAGGAUGCAUGUCAUAGAUGCAGGUGAAACGUCAGGAAAGAAUGCUUCUGGAACUUGGCCAUACAGCCUGGAAAACUCACAGCAACCCAGUGUUUCUGGCCAUUAAAGCCUUUGACAACACAUUCUGAGAUUUGAAGUCCAAAACACUUGUAGGGCUGAAGUUUGCCCAUGCCUGCUCCAGGUGUUUUGGACUUCAACUCCCACCAUUUGAAGUCCAGAACACCUGGAGGGAGGGCCGAAGUUGGCCUCUGCCUGGGGGAAGCCCACCUUUGGCUCUCUGUUACUUACCUCAUUCCUUAUUGAGAUGCCUUCCACAUAAAAUAGGUGCCAUUUCCUCCUGCUCCCAAUUCUUACAGCAACGUGCCUUAUGUGAAUUUGCCACAUCCCCUCGUCUUAAUUUGGAGUGGGAUCUCCUCAGGGGUCCACUUUUGGGGUUCCCUGGACUUGCCCCACUAUUUCAGAUGAGCUAGGCUGGAUCAGCCCCUUUUUUGCUGUGUGGAUAAGCCAGGCAUGGGCAAACUUUGGCCUUCCAGGUGUUUCAACUCCCACAAUUCCUAACAGCAUCAGUCCCCUUCCUUUCCCCCUCAGCUGCUUAAGCUUAGGAAUUGUGGGAGAUGAAGUCCAAAACGCCUGGAGGGCCAAGUAAGUUUGCAAUGCCUGAGAUAAGCCUUUUCCUGCAUAAAUGUUUUAUUCUUUUCACCAUGCCUUAUUGAGCAUUCCUUUUCAUCCCUGACCUAAAAUGAAUAGGGACGGUGCCCUUGUGUUUUAAGUCGCCACAGCUCAGAAGAAAAUGCCUGGAAUUGGUUUACUGAGUGCUUCAAUUCUUAAACAGGUCUAUUUGGGAGUAAGCCCCACAGUUGACCAAGUAAGUGUGUUUGGGAUCGGGGCCUUAGGCUUGCCUUACCUGUACUAUUUUUAUAAGAAACCUGAAAAUGUUCACCAAGUGGUGCUUAUUUAGCUGUGUAUGUGCAACUAGUGGCAGGUACCUGAAGUGUACAAAUAGCGACAAGAGUUGUGCGUUGUAAUAUAUGCAGGCAUUCUCUUUGAACCUACAUGAACCUAAUGUAUGAAACGUCUCCCUCGGUAUGCACUAUGCAAAAUUGUUGCCACUCUGUUCAUUAGCAGUAAGUAAAUGAGUUUAAAAGAAUACUUUAGGGUUUGUUUUGGACCUUUUUUCCCCACAUGGCCAAGCCAGCUUGAAAGAGUAAAUGUGGUAAUGGUGGGUCUGAUGUUUUUGUUCCCAUCACAUGGUUGGCAUGUUGAAGGUAAAGAAAGAUAAAGUGCUUCAGAAACUACUGCCUUACAAAGCUGGUCAGCAACUAGAAAUUAAAGCUUUUCUGCUCCUCACCAGACCAUGUUAAGGCUCACUAUUGAAGAGAUUUUAGUGUGUUUUCAAGUCCUUUUCUCUGACUUGAAAUACUUCUUUAUGGCAGAAUGAAGAAUGAAAACUACAUGUAGUUUGUCACCGGUGGUGUCUGCACAUGCUUUUGUUUUACUGGCAUGGUACAAAGGGGUGAGGAAGUUUUAGUUAAGCUGUAGGUUUCUAGCUUGUACAUAAAAGUAGCAAAAUAUGUGUAUAUAUGUCCUACAAGUGCCUCUGCUGAUCUACAUCUGGUGGUGAAGAGCCUAUGGCCCUCCAGAUGUUGACCUCCAGCUCCCAUCAGCCCCAAUUAGUAUGGCCAGCCAUUGGAGUGGUGGGAGUUGUAGUCCUUAAUAUAUGAGGGAUCUGUAGGUCCCACAGGGCCUGAUUCACACAGUUUUCAUGUCUUCACCCCACAGAAGGAUGGCUCACCCUACCACUAUUUAAUGUCCAGAGUGGCUCUUGCAGCAGCCAGAAUUGCAAUACUAAAAAGCUCACCAGCAAAUCUCUUUUCCUCAACUUGGGAAUGAAAAUAUAGCUGAUUGGUUGACUGUUAAAGUCAAGUAAUUCAUCCAAUAUGGGCAACAAACACAAAGUAACCAAAAGGCAGAAAGAGACAGGAAAAAUGGAGAAGUUAGUGAGGAUGAAGAACUUUGGUUAUUGUAACUGUAUCCUGCUUUUUCUCUCCCAAAAAAAAAAAGAGAGUCUCCUAUCUCUGCCCCAUGGGGCCCUCAUUUCUGGUUGGCUGGCGCUGUCGUCCCAGUGAUUUUCCUGGCAAAGCAGAGGGAGCUGAGGGACUCCCCAAAGAGGAAGAUGUUCACACACACAUACAAGCAUCUGUUUUGAACAAUGCAACAUUUGUCUUAAAAGAGCUGUGCACUGCCAUCUUCAAAAUAUAUUUCAGUAUGUAAAAAUACCCUGAAAAACUAUAUUGCCUCUUACUCUUAUCAGGGGACUGAUCUCUGGUACAUCGUAUAUAAAAUGUAUUUAAAACUGGGGUUUGUUACCAGUUGUUCUUCCUUGUAUAUAGGAUUUUAUAAAAUUGUAUACUUUGGAAAUAAUUUAUUUUUUAAGAAAGUAAAGAUUGAAAUGCACCCAAUUUGCAAGAUAAAUGCACCUGCUAUUCUUUUGUUACAAAGGUACAGACCUCAUUUUGAUAUUGUAAAGGGAUAAAAGCAACGGAAAUUCCCAUGGGAAAAAAAGACUGUCCUAGAUCAUAUGUACAGUGUAUUUUAUAGAUAUGAAGUUAACUUCCACGUUGUUGAGAGACUUUAUGAACUUUGUAGAAUUGUGCAAAAUGUCUCUCCGAGCUGCCUUAAACAUUGUAUUUUUAUAGAAAGUGUGAAAAGAUCCUAUGGUUUUAUGUAUCUAUUGCUUGUGUAUUUUUAUGUGUAAAUUAGUAAAGAGAGAUUUUUAAAGAA